AUUACACCUGAUUUAGCAAUAUGAACAAAUUGAUAAUCGGAAGGUAUAAAUUGACAGAGGAUUAUUAUUUAUUAAAAGUGAUAAACUUAUGUUUAGUAAAUAGAAACAAUUAUUAUUCUUCUUUAGGACUAUCUUUUUUAUGACUUAUCCAUUCUUGGCUAACCCAUGACCUAAGAGGUCUCGUACUCGGCACGUUUUUUUGAACGUGCCGUGACACCUUAUUCAUGACACGUUUUUCAUAGUGACCCAUACAACUCUGACCGCCAUGUCUACAUACGGUGAAAAACGUGUCUUUUACAAGGAGCAUAAGUAUGGUAUUGCUCCUCCUGUAGCCCAGCCUACUUAAACAGAUAAUACGUUGAAGUUUACGUUUUAAAAGGUCGUACCCAAGCCUGUCUAAGAAAUAGGUUUUGCAAUUUUAAUUCAUGUAAUAAAUAAUUUCAUCGUGACAUUAUGCAAUUCUGUUGCACUCAUUGAUAAGCCUACUUGCUAUAAAACACUAAGUUUUGAUACUCAUUAAACAUAGUUAUUUUAAAUAUUAGUAGGUAACGUUUAACGACAUGAUGUUGGUGAAAGGCAUCCUCUGUAUUUGCAUUCAAGCACUACUUUAUAAAGCAGUGGUCACUCAAUGCAUCCCGCCAUGUGCAAUUCCUCGAGAACCGUUAUGUGAGAGCAAAUAUCCAGCAUUCGAAGGGCAGAACAUUGCCGGCCUUGUGACGCCAAUGUACGGCCGUAUAAUCGGAGCCAACCUUAUGGUAGACACUUCAGCUCCAUACGCUCCUAUUGGCCCAGCGGGCGUUUCAAUAUUCUCCGACGACUUAAUUAUUGAGGGAACAGUUUUUGUAACUGGCAAGCUUCCAUUUUUGGGAACCGUUGGUUUGGAAGGUUUACUGCCAACUACGGGUACUGGUACGGUAAAUUAUGAAUGUGGUGCCGGAGAUAUCGGUAUUGUGAAUGACGGUAUUACCGGUUCUGUUACUGAAGUGUUCUUCCCCGUUGAUGGUGCGGGUUUGACUAGAGGUGCUGAGUGCAACUCCUUUGGGUUCGGUGCGAAAUGAAGAUCUAGUCUUGUCGAUAAAUGGUUGUGAAUAAAAUGUUG